AUGGCUAAUCAGUCUGAAAAGAAGCGAGUUGAACGGGAAAAAAAGGUAGGAAGGUACUACACGGUCACGUUUUUAUUCUCAGUUGCUCUCUGGCUUUUGAAGUUUUUGAGAGAUUUUUACUCCAAAAAUCUCCAACACACUAAAUUCGGCUAUUUUUGGCGUCUUUCGCUGGUCUUCUUAGGUUAUUGUACCAGUCUUUAUAGCAUCUUCAAUAAUCUUAAGCUCGGUCUUGAAUUUAGUCUGUCAAACGACCUUUUUAUUGUUACUACGGUCGCCACGCUUCUGUCGCUAUUCUUUGACUUCGCUUACAAGCUUUUUCUCGUCGUUCCGCUUUAUGGAGCUUACAAAGGUUCCGUAGCAUUGUACAAGUGGGCCACGACGCCAGCUCCUGAAAUUCCUAAGAACGUUCAAACGAAAGAAUCCAAGACUCGAGUCAAAUAUAGAACCGCCAAGGACCCGGAUUCUCCAAAGGAGUCUGGCGGAUCCGACAAGGGCGCGUCGCCCAAGUCGAAUCCUGACGAGCCAGUCUUGGACAACUCGCCGGUUUCCAGCGACAACGAGUGGUCCCCGGGCUCAUUUACCGUCACUUCCACCGCCCUGUACCACGAGAACGACCAGGGCAAGGAGCUUUUCGUUAAGGGAGAUUACGACGCUGCCAUUCAGCGCUGGUCGAAGUCCAUCCAAAACCUGACCACCGUACUCGAAAGGGCCAGGAAAAACCCCGGCCACGACUUGACUGAGGCCGCGCUUCACGAGUUCACGAAGAUGUACGUCAUCCUCUGCUCGAACCUGGCGCUCGCGCACAUAAAGAAGGGGGCCUACGAGAAAUGCAAGGAGUUCUGCCAGUACGUGCUCAUGUACGACGACAAGAGCCUCAAGGCGCACCUGCGCAUCGUCCAGGCCGACGUGAAGCUCCGCAACCUCGAGCAGGCUCUCAGGAACUGCAACAAGGGCCUCGAGUUCCACCCUGAGAACCAGGAGCUUCUUGCCCUCAGGGCCACGAUUAACGCCGAGCUCAAGAGCUACGAGGGCGUCGAGAAGCUGUUUUAUCAGAACGCCUUCAAGAAGAUCGAGGUGGAUCCCCGCAGCGAGCAGGUUCAUCCUCCCUCCGAGGAGGACCAGCCACCGGUCUCCGAGGGCGAUCAGCCUCCAGCCGCCGAGCCCGAUCAUCCUCCGCCUCCCGGGGACUUUAACGUCUCUCCUCGUGCACACCCCCUGUCACUGUUGUACAACAAGGUCCACCUUGUCGUAAAGCGGGUAUUUAUGACCCUUUCCCGUGUUUUCAGGAACACCAGGAGCUCAAUUCAACACACUUACACAUUUGUCUCCAGGCCUCGGGCCUGGUUUUUAAAGAAAGUAAAAAUGUCGUAA